AUGGGAAAGCUGUUAGAUCUCAUCAUACUCGACACCAGAAAUUACGAUCGAAGCAUCACGUCGCUUGGAUGGAAUGACGAAUACAUUGAUCUCAUCCGUGAUGAUCCCAGCCGCACUCUAAUGGGCUCUCGUCAAGAGAAUUGGUUCUACAGGUCUUUAAGCGAGUCAAACGAGCGUGGUGCGACUUGGCGUCUCGUCGGAAACCAAAUCAUUUUUUCUCGCAUUGUGGAGAGUGAUGACGGCAUACUCAGCGGAGAUAAUUGGAAUGGAUACAUUGCCAACCGAAACCGCACAUUGCAGCAUCUGUACGACCACAAUAUCGGCAACAACAUCUUCCUUGCGGGAGAUAGUCACCAGAAUUGGGCUGAAAGCCCGUAG